UUCUUUAAUUGGUCACUCUGCUAGGGAAAAGGGAUUUCUAUAAUAAGCAGUAUCCAUGUUCCUUUUUGUGGUAUACAUCGAGACUUGUAUAGAGGAAGAUCAAAAGGGCAACAAAAACUCUCUUUUGUGCCGAUUAAAGCUAACAGCAGAGAAUACAGAAACGAGGAAAAUAUCAGUGAGAGAGACAGGAAGAGAGAGAGAGAGAGAGAGAGAGGGAGAUGGAAGAGAAAGUAGUGAAGUCAAGGUUCAGAAGGGUUUGUGUGUUCUGUGGAAGCAGCACUGGCAAGAGAAAUAGCUACAGAGAUGCCGCUCUCGAACUGGGGCAGGAGCUGGUUUCAAGAAAGUUGGAUCUGGUUUACGGUGGAGGAAGCAUAGGGUUGAUGGGUUUAAUCUCACAGGAAGUUCAUCGCGGUGGAGGACAUGUUCUUGGAAUCAUUCCCAAAACUCUGAUGUCCAAAGAGAUUACUGGCGAAACUGUGGGGGACGUGAUAUCUGUAGCCAACAUGCACCAGAGGAAAGCUGAGAUGACCCGCCAUUCUGACUGUUUUAUUGCCCUACCAGGUGGGUAUGGAACUCUGGAAGAGCUAUUAGAAGUGAUCACAUGGGCCCAGUUAGGGAUUCACGACAAGCCUGUGGGUUUGCUGAAUGUGGAUGGCUACUACGACAAUCUCCUCACCUUCAUUGACAAAGCUGUGGAUGAUGGCUUCAUCAAGCCCUUCCAGCGCCAAAUUAUCGUCUGCGCCCCGAAAGCCAGAGAUCUCGUCCAAAAGCUAGAGGAGUACGUCCCCGUGCACGGCGGAGACAGGGCGGCCGUGCGGUUGGAGGUCGAGCAGCUGGAGCUUAACUCGUGUUUUCACUCUCAAAUAGCCGUUAAAGACUGAAUUAAGGUUGAAAAUCCAUUGACAUGAUCAAGGGAGGGGCGACCCCUACAACUACAAGGACAGCGUACGGACGCCGAAUGAUGAAUGGCCUGAAUAGGCUCUCAACUAUGACCGACUUAACAUGGCAUGAAGGCCCACUUGGAUUAAUGAUCCA